CCUCUGUCCACUUGUUUUGUUUAUAGGACCCCUAAGGACUCUACAAUAUGAAUAAUUCUCUGGAGAACACCAUCUCCUUUGAAGAGUACAUCCGAGUGAGGGCGCGGUCUGUCCCACAGCACAGGAUGAAGGAAUUUCUGGACUCGCUGGCCUCUAAGGGGCCAGAAGCCCUUCAGGAGUUCCAGCAGACGGCCACCACUACCAUGGUGUACCAACAGGGUGGGAACUGCAUUUACACAGACAGCACCGAAGUGGCUGGAUCUUUGCUUGAACUUGCCUGUCCAGUCACCACCAGUGUUCAGCCACAGACCCAGCAAGAACAGCACCGGUUUCACCAGCCACAGCAGGUCCAGGUCCAGGUCCAGGUCCAGCAGUCUCCACAGCAGGUCUCGGCUCAGCAACUCUCCCCGCAGCUCACUGUUCAUCAGCCUGCAGAGCAGCCCAUCCAGGUCCAGGUGCAAAUCCAGGGCCAGGCACCGCAGUCCGCAGCCCCCUCCAUACAGACCCCAUCUCUGCAGAGCCCCAGCCCCUCACAGCUGCAGGCAGCCCAGAUCCAGGUGCAGCACGUGCAGGCAGCUCAGCAGAUCCAGGCUGCAGAAAUCCCGGAAGAGCACAUCCCACAUCAGCAAAUCCAGGCUCAGCUGGUGGCUGGCCAGUCUCUUGCCGGGGGUCAACAGAUCCAAAUCCAGACUGUGGGUGCCCUUUCGCCUCCACCAUCCCAGCAGGGCUCACCCCGUGAAGGGGAACGGCGGGGGGCCAGUGUCCUCCAGCCAGUGAAGAAGCGCAAAGUGGACAUGCCCAUCACUGUGUCUUAUGCCAUCUCAGGGCAGCCGGUGGCCACCGUACUGGCCAUUCCACAGGGCCAGCAACAGAGUUACGUGUCCUUGAGGCCAGACUUACUGACAGUAGACAGUGCCCACCUGUACAGUGCCACUGGGACCAUUACUAGCCCUACAGGAGAAACUUGGACCAUCCCUGUUUAUUCUGCCCAGCCCCGGGGGGACCCUCAGCAACAGAGCAUUACCCACAUUGCCAUUCCCCAGGAAGCCUACAACGCAGUUCAUGUCAGCGGCUCACCCACAGCCCUGGCGGCUGUAAAGCUGGAGGAUGACAAGGAGAAGAUGGUGGGCACCACGUCUGUAGUGAAAAACUCCCAUGAAGAGGUUGUGCAGACCCUUGCAAACUCUCUCUUUCCAGCACAGUUCAUGAAUGGCAACAUCCACAUUCCAGUGGCUGGGCAGGCCGUGGCAGGCACGUACCAGAACACGACUCAGACUGUCCAUAUAUGGGACCCCCAGCAGCAGCCACAGCAGCAAACUCCCCAGGAACAGACACCGCCACCACAGCAGCAGCCGCAGCAACAGCUCCAGGUUACUUGUUCAGCUCAAACUGUCCAGGUUGCUGAAGUUGAACCACAGUCGCAGCCACAGCCUUCCCCAGAACUUCUGCUUCCAAAUUCUUUGAAGCCAGAAGAAGGGCUUGAAGUAUGGAAAAACUGGGCCCAGACCAAGAACGCUGAACUAGAGAAGGAUGCUCAGAACAGAUUGGCACCCAUUGGGAGGCGCCAACUGCUGCGGUUCCAGGAAGACCUCAUUUCUUCUGCUGUAGCUGAGUUGAAUUAUGGGCUGUGUCUGAUGACGAGGGAAGCUCGAAAUGGAGAAGGUGAACCCUAUGACCCAGAUGUGCUCUACUAUAUUUUUCUUUGUAUUCAAAAGUACCUUUUUGAAAAUGGAAGAGUAGAUGACAUUUUCUCUGAUCUGUAUUAUGUCCGAUUUACGGAGUGGCUACAUGAAGUUCUAAAGGAUGUUCAGCCCCGGGUCACUCCACUUGGCUAUGUCCUGCCCAGCCACGUGACCGAGGAGAUGCUGUGGGAGUGCAAGCAGCUCGGGGCUCACUCCCCCUCCACUUUGCUGACAACCCUCAUGUUCUUUAACACCAAGUACUUCCUAUUGAAGACAGUGGACCAGCACAUGAAGCUGGCCUUCUCCAAGGUCUUGAGACAGACAAAGAAGAACCCCUCUAAUCCCAAGGAUAAAAGUACAAGUAUUCGGUACCUGAAGGCUCUUGGGAUACACCAGACUGGCCAGAAAGUUACAGAUGACAUGUAUGCAGAACAGACAGAAAAUCCAGAGAAUCCACUGAGGUGUCCCAUCAAGCUCUACGAUUUCUACCUCUUCAAAUGCCCCCAGAGUGUGAAAGGCCGGAAUGACACCUUUUACCUGACACCUGAGCCGGUGGUGGCCCCCAACAGUCCAAUCUGGUACUCAGUCCAGCCUAUCAGCAGAGAGCAGAUGGGACAAAUGCUGACCCGGAUCCUGGUGAUACGAGAAAUUCAGGAGGCCAUUGCCGUGGCCAGUGCCAGCACUAUGCACUGAGAAUCCUCAGCCAUGGUGCAAGAAAAACCGCCGGGAGAAAUCGGACAGACUUUCACACUAAAGAAGAGGCCUCCAUUUUUUCUUUUUUUAUUCGUGUAGUUAAGAAGCCUUUCAGGCUGCUUCUGUUUAAAAUGUUAAAGAAAACCUUUCCCCCUCUGCAUCUCCAUAAGCCUGCUAUGGCUCAUCCUCAGCCCUGGGGCUUGGGGUUUCCUGAGAGCCAGAAGCCCUAGAAAGUUGCUGGGUGACUUUUUUUUUUUCCUUUUCUUUCUUUCAUUUUUUUUUUUUUUUUUUGUCCUCGGGUCUGGGGCCUGGCCUGGGGAAAGGGAAUGGACUGUUAGGAGAAAUGUGGCCACUUCCUUUCCUCGAGAAAGAUGGAAUUAAUGAUGGAUGAACCCUCCAGGGAAUCUUCCAGCUGGCUUCCACCGCGGACUGGCAGACUUCACUGACCACAGGGGAGGCACGUUCUGUUCUUUCUUCUUGCUCAGAAAUAAACUUAGCAUCUUAAUGGAAGAAAAAUGAGGGGAACUUCAAUUAUGAUUUAUUAAAGACAAUUUCUAUUACACCCCCCCCCUUUAUGAGAAGUGACAUUUUAGGUGUUAAAAAUAAAAACUUUACCAAGCCUUUUUUUUUUUUUGUUGGCCUAACAUUGAGGCCUUAAACCUGGGGCUCCUGUGCCUGAUGGAAUUCUUGUAACAUACACUCGUGUAUCAUAUAAAGAUACCACUCUUGUUUCUCUUAUGUAUUCUUACUCUAGUUGUUUAUUAAGAAUGACAAGCACGUCUUUUCAACAUG